UAAAGGUACACCUCGAAGCACAGAGCAUUGUGUGAGAAGUCAAAAACAGGUUUGGAGUGGCAGAAUGAUGUUACUUUUUACGACAAUCUUUUAUCUUGUGAACCAUCCAUUAUGGUCCAUGGCCAUCGUCAUAAGAGGAACAACCGUUGGACCCGAUUUCAAUCGAAUUAUGGGUGGCAUGGCUGAUGUUUGUUCACCUGAAUUUCCAUGGGCGUUUGACAAUGGACGAAAGUGCUGCCGCACAUAUUCCGUGACCAAUCGAUCACAACCCUUGCAAUACGAAGAUACCUCAUCAAAAUGCAAGAAUAACAAUUGGAUUGAUUGUCCAAAUACUAGAUAUUUUUGUGUUUCUUAUUCCAGACCUCACCAUUGUCCACAGCCUUCAUCGGUGGGUUUGAACGCAGGAUGUUGCACUGCGGCACUGGAACGUUGGGCUGAGAAUGAAAACCCUCCUUGUCGAGGAUUUAAGAUUCAAGAAAAUACCCCGUCCACUUGUUGCCCAUCGGAGCAUUUCACAUUUGUUCAAGAUUGCGCUAACAAUCAACAACGAUGUCUUAGUUCGGGCCAAUUACCUCAUGUGCUGUAUCCAAUUAAGCCCAUAAUACUAGAAGAGGAAAGCUGGACACGGUAUGAUGCAUCAUUUGCACUGGUAAACGCACAUUGCGACAUUUUCAGAACAAAUUAUUGGGUGGCAUAUCCAGUUGACUCGUAUUUCAUCAUCGAUUGGGGAUACCAUCUGGUCCCUCAAAAGCUCAUCCUGAGAAACAGCUACAACUCUGAUGAUAAUAACAGGCUGCCCAUGUCUUUCCUGUCACCAUAUUUCCUUUCCAACCACAAGGGAGGUAGUCCUAAUGAAGCGGGCUCUUCUCUGGCUAUGGCUCUCCGGUGGUGCUUCGAUCCGAUAACGACUCGCAAUUCUCCUCAUCAACCUUUCAAGAGUCUGUACAAAACUGGGGAAUCUUGAGGAAACCAAGCUCACCAUACAAACCUCAAUCAAACGGGCUAGCCGAACGCACUGUCUGAACUCUAAAAGAAACCUUAACUCGUCUAAACUGCACAUCCCUUGCCGGUGAAGUAUUUACUACAGCUCUCCUCAAUGUUUGGAAUACGCCACGACCGGAUGGGGUUUCCCCAGCAUUUCGAAUGUUUGGCAGGAUUUUGAGAUCAAAAAUUCCCACCCCUCGUCUUAACAGAACUGUUGAUCUAAACCAUGCCAAUCUUGUUCGACAAACCGCCAGGAAUCACCAACUCAAAACAAGAUCCCAAUCCCGCCGCUUCCUCCCAAAUCUCAUCCAAGGCCAAAGAAUACAAAUCAUAGAGAUCAUUCAUACUUCUUCACAGGGGAAAAAAAUUCAUAAGAAAUAGAAAGUUCAUCAAACCUGACCUUUCAAAGAGUGCCCCUCAAUUGUCACAUGAAAGGCCCGGAUUUUGAAGGAGGGGGGAGAUGAUAUACAUUAGGCUCUUGCUCAUACAUGAUCUGUUCUUUUAUGUUAUGUUUUGCGCCAAUAUUGGUCAGUCGAG